CCAACCCCUCCCGCCCCCGCCCCCGCCCCCGCCCGCUAAACCCUAAACCCCAAAUCGCUCUCUCCAUUUCCCGCCGCCUCCCCUCUCGCGAUCCAUAUCCAUCCAUUUCUCUUGGCUCUCCGCCCGAUCAAUCGAUCCGCCCCCAGAUCGCGGCCGCCGGUAGCUAGCUGCAGCUGCAGAUGGAUAUGGAUUCUUCCUCCUCCCCGGUGGACAAGGUGGAUCCCGACGAGUGCAACGGCUCUAAGGCUUGCGCUGACUGCCACACUACCAAGACUCCGCUAUGGCGAGGCGGACCCGGAGGACCCAAGUCGCUGUGCAACGCAUGCGGGAUCCGGUAUCGGAAGAGGCGGCGGGCGGCGCUCGGCCUGGACUCUUCCGCCACCGCCACCGCCACCGACGGAGCGGAGCAGCAGAAGAAGACUAAGGCCAAGAAGGAAAAGGCACAGGAGGAGGAGGUCACCAUGGAGCUCCACACGGUGGGCUUCCGCAGCAAGGACGCUGCUGUGUUCAAGCAGCGCCGGCGGAUGCGCCGCAGGAAAUGCCUUGGCGAGGAGGAGAGGGCCGCCAUCCUGCUCAUGGCACUCUCCUCGGGCGUCAUCUACGCCUGAACCUCCAACCGAAUCAACCUCUGGCGCCAUGGCAGGAAGAAGAAGCAGCGAUUCCUUCCCCUCUCUUUUUUUCCCUCCCCCCGGCGCUAUGGCAGUCACCGAAGCUAGCUAAUAAUCAAUCUUGUCUUGUGGUGUAGUAGCUCUUGUUGUUCUUGCCUUAAGCUGUAACGACGUCUGUAAUGCGACUCUUUGUCUGUGUCUCUGUACUAGUACUAGUAGUAGUAGUUUACCGCCUAACAUUCAAGUUUGGUUUCUCUGCAAUGUAACAAGAGAAGAAGAAGAAGAAGAAGAAGAAGAAAAAAAGAGCUAAAGCUGGAGCUUGAGCUUGAGCUUUGGUUAUUGAUCAAUCAUCCAUCCUGUCUGUUCGUGCUGGUACUGCUACUUCUCGGUUGGUUGUGCCCCUGUUACUGUGACUCUAUAGAUGAUGAUGUGCCUGCCUGUAUUUCCUCCUUUGAUGCGUUGGUCAAGUCACAGAGGUCAAAGGGAAAAGCCAGAGCCAUUACUACUACUUGUGUUCUCAUUUGGCGUAUAUAAAGUACUAGUCUACA